UUUAUCUAGAUCUACACGAAUAUCAUGUAUAACACUUAGCGGAUCAUCAUGGCACUAGCUAUGGACAAAGACGCAUUGUUGGAUCAGCUCCUCUAUGCAACUGAUCAGUCAGGAAAGAUAGCAGUAGAUGACGGAAUAGCCAGACUUUACAAGGAAAUACAGGAUGUUUGGAGCGGGGAACUGCUGCCAACUAAUCAAUACGGACUCAAAGAAGCCUGGGAAAUCAUAUCUUCUGCGGAGAAGAUGGACGUAGCCUUUGCUGUGAGAACAAAUCUUACUUUUAAUGGUUUCCAUGACGACGACUCUCCGAUACACGGGAAAGCAGUAACCUUCAGAGCUAGAGACUGUCUGCAUGUAAAAGCUAAAUAUAAUGAAGAUUGGUGGAUCGGACGAGUGGUUAAAGUGGACGCUCCAAUAGGUUUCAUUCCAGCUCCAGCCAAGCUAAAGAAGCUGGCUGAAGAAGCAUCUGCUCAGCUAGGUCCGAUAAAAAAGGGAGGAAUGAAGGACGAGAAAAAGUUGCAAGUACCAGAAAAGCAGGUGGAUAAGAUGGAGGACAUGGGAAGUAUAGAGAGUCUGUGCACCAUCGCUCCCACUAGAGUAUCGGAGAUAGAGACCCGAGCACAGGGUCCUUACGAGAGUGUCCCGGUUAUACGACCUAUUAUCCUGUGUGGGCCCUCAAUGAGAGGCUUUGAGAUAACAGACCUCAUGCACAAAGCUCUGGUACACGCUUUAAAGAGACAGUUUGAGGAUAGACUCGAAUCGUAUCCAGUGCAAGAUAGGUUUCUAAAGCUGCUUCACUCCUCAAUAGCUUCAAACAAGUACAGCAUCAACCCUGAGGGUCUAGAUGAAAUAACGAAUAACAUCUACGAGGAGGCGAAGAAGUUUAAACUCAUGUUUGUGGAUCUGAAGAUCAACAGUCCGGUCCCUUUGAAGAACAGUGCUAUGGGUCCUAUACUCGUUCAUAUCAAGAUAUCUAACUCAAAGGUAUUGACGAAUCUGAUUAAGCAGCGUGGGGCAGACCAAAAGAGAGGGCUGACAGCUCAGUUAUACGCUGCAACUAAACUCUGCGACCUGGACAGGAGACAAUUUGAUGUUGUUCUGAACGAGCAUGAUUUUGAUGACGCGGCCGAGCACCUGAUAAAUUACCUGGAGAAAUAUUGGAGAGCGAGUAGACCUCUACAAGCCUCUAAACGGGUCAAUGAUUCCUUCCUCCGCAAUACACCAGCGAUAAUGUCCAAGCUGGGACUGAAGAGCCCGAAAUCCCAUUACAACUCAGCGAGGAGACAAGAUCACCGAAUCAAAGUAUGAAACAGAACGGAACACACUGACUCAAACUCUUCCUGAGAAUAUUACAGGAACUUGAUUUUAUCAAAUUGACGUCUUCUAAAUUUCAAAAAUUUAAAUAGAUUGAACUCUCAUCUUAGUCGGUUUCUGUUUUGGGAUUUUAACUUUUGUGGAACAAUUGCAACAGAUGUUCACAUGAAUUAUAUAUCACAACAUAGCACUGCAUACUGUACAUACUUUGCGUUAUAAAAAUCCUUUCGGCAGCUGGGUAAAUGACAAAACUUGGUAAAAUGGACCAGAAAUUAUUUACACUAAGCACAAAAAAGCUUUAGAGAAUAUAUUCGGAAGUUUAAUGAUUUACAAUUG